AUGAAGACCACAGCUACUCAGAACGAAACCGCUAACUACUCGAGAAUACCGGAGUUUGAAGCGCUGCAGACCCAAGCGCAAUCCUUCAAUAAUGCAGCCGGAGAACUGCAAGACGUUGAAGCGAGUGUUACUCCGGAGCAGCUUUCCCAAGUCAGGGGGCCUCAAGAGAGCCUUUACGUCCAUCAUUCUCAGCAGACUGGAGUUUGGGCCAGCAGUUGGCAACCGCCCCAAGCGCUCGAAGGCUCUCCCUAUCAUCUCAAAUACCAGGACAUCAACCUCCUUCCGCGCUAUAGGGACUAUACCCCUUCUCCUACCCCUGAAUAUGGAGAAACUCUGGAAGAGAGGAUCCGUGGAGUCGGAGCCCAUUUAACGGAGUUUGAACCGAUGCAUGCAAGAAGCGAUAGUAAUGGCAGCCAGAAGUCAGUCAUAUCCAUCUUUGAUGGGAGUCAGCGCUCUGGCGCUGCUCCGCAGGCUGCUGCUGGGACCGACAACUCUCCAGCAGAGACGGCUCCAUUGGAGCAGACAACCGCCCCUAAAUUCCGGCCUUACGCCUGCCAGCUGUCGAAAGGAUUCAGGAGGAGGAUUCCAUUCCGCUUACUCCCGCCAGGACUCUCGUCCCAGAACCGUUCAUACGAUGUCGCUGACCAUCGAACCGAGUCCUUCAAGUCGAAGAGGAAGCAGUUGCCGAGUCCUUCUCGCGCUGCUGGCGCAAGCAAGAGGUACAAGACGCGGAAGAUACAGAAUAACAGGGAUUCAGACAGCGCUGUGCAGCCGGGGAAGACCAAAGCUCCCCUCAGCGGAAAGAAAAGUCUCAACAAUGGAGACCAGACUGAGAAGGGUACUCAGUUUCCCGAGAAAGCCAGGAGGAAGUAA